AUGGUCCUGGGGGCCGGCGGCAUGGCUAGGGCCUGUCCGGACGCAGACAUGCCCAGGGAGCUGGUCCUGGCUCUGUUCAAGGACUGGGUGCUGGGGCGGAUGGGGCUGGAGGCCCCGCCAGUGGCCCCUGCGUUACCCCCGGGCUGGAAGGGACCCAGGCGGCGGCCCCGGAGGUCUAGCAGCGCGGCGGUGGCUGAGGAAGACCACAAGCAGGACCUGGAUGUCUCCCAGGUCAUUGUGUUCCCCAGCUCCGACUCGCCGUGCGGCAGAACUGAGGUGAGGGAUGCUGAAACGGCCACCUUCCACUCGUAUCAUUUUCAACCGUCCGUCAACCCCCAGGAGCUCUUGAUCACUUCGGCUCACUUCUGGUUCUAUGCCGGACCGGAGUCCAACUCCUCCAGCCCGCUCUACAUCCUGAACUCAGGGCAACUUCCGGACCACUUGGCCGCCGUUGCUCUGGCAUUGACCAGCUCGGACGGCUGGGCCACGUAUGAUCUGGACGAUCACCACCGGCCAGCCAAGGUUUACUCUGGGCCGCUUACGCUGCAGGUGCGCAGUACCAACCGCCUACCCCUCAUCGAAGACCCGGAUAAAACUCCUUUCCUUCAUCUCCGUGCUCGCCGGCGGGUUUCCGGUCGUUGGCCACGCCACGCGAUCCCGUGGUCCCAGUCCGCCGCGGACCUGUUGCAGCGGCCCUCUCAGCAGCAGCCGGAGAGUCGAGACUGUUGGCGGGACGCAGUGGAAAUCAGCUUUGAUGAACUGGGCUGGGGAAACUGGAUCGUCCACCCCAAGGUAGUGACUUUCAGCUAUUGCCGCGGUAACUGCUCCGCCCCCGACCGUGGCACCGCCCUGCUGGGGAUCAAGCAGUGCUGCGCCCCAGUCCCGGAGUCCAUGAGGUCCUUGAGGAUCACGACCACUUCGGACGGCGGGUACUCGUUCAUGUACGAGACUCUGCCCAACAUCAUACCUGAAGAGUGCAGCUGUUUCUAAACAGACUAGGCAGAAAACUAUAAAAUGAAAUAGGCCGUGCAAAAGUAGACUACUAUUGGGAAAUCAGUGUUGGCUAAUGCUUCAUCCCCUCCCAGCUGAAACUUUAUAGCUCACUUAUUACACACUUGAAAACUGUUCUUGUCGCUCGGCCUUCCCACAUUUCUGCAAUGAUGCUUUGCUACAAU